AGCGUUGGAGCGUUUUUCCGAUGCUCAGGCUGUGUGGAGUCCACUCAAGUUCCCUCUCCACCGCGCGUAAUGGACACCUCCGGGAGUUUUCAAAGCGGAUGCUGCAUUCCAACUCCGUGCGUAUGAGCGCACGUUUUCUAUUUCAGUGACUUGAAGAGAUGACAUGGAUUUUGUAGUUUAAUGGACAUCAACUUUUGUGAUUUUUCUCUUUUUUUAUAAGUUACACCUUGUGGGCAAUUUGACCACUUGAUUAAAAAAGGACGGAGCGCAAAAGCAACUGGAAAAUUAAACCAUGCGCUGUUCAUAUACGGAGAGAUGGCAUGCGUGCUCCUCUUCAGUCGACUUCUGCCAUCCUCACAUCGGCUCAGAGGAACCUCCGUUUGUUUGCUAUCUCUGUUCCUUUCAUACUUGUGCUACUGCGCGCUGUUCCCCGACAGUGCGGUGGUGCAAAAGUCAGGUAAUCCGCCGCCCAGCUGUCAGCGAGCGGACGGAGCCAAACGGCGCCUCCAGAAAUCCCUCUCUUGCCUGCCCGAUGCGAGCUUUGCGGAUGCAUCGCAGCUGAAAACCGACCAAAGACGCGCAUCCACCCUUCACAUGGCCGGGAACAACACGCCCGUUCCCCCGAUGAUUAAUCUAAAGUUUGGCAAUAAAAAGUUGCCAAACGCCAUCAUAGUUGGCGUGAAAAAAGGAGGCACGAGAGCGGUCCUGGAGUUUAUAAGAAUCCAUCCGGACGUGCGAGCUGCUGGAACAGAGACGCACUUCUUUGACAGGAACUAUGACAGAGGGUUGGAGUGGUACAGAGGUUUGAUGCCACGGACCCUAGAAAGCCAAAUCACCAUGGAGAAGACGCCAAGCUACUUUGUAACUAAAGAAACCCCUCGGAGGAUUUCCGCCAUGUCCCAGGACACCAAACUCAUUGUUGUGGUCCGCGACCCGGUCACUCGAGCAAUAUCAGAUUACACCCAGACUCUGUCCAAAACUCCCGACCUGCCGAGCUUCCAGGAGCUUGCCUUCAGAAAUCAAAGCCUGGGCCUCGUUGACAUGUCCUGGAAUGCCAUUAGGAUCGGCCUGUACGCCCUUCACCUGGAAAACUGGCUCCGGUACUUUCCUUUGGCUCAGAUCCACUUUGUGAGCGGGGAGCGUCUGAUCACAGACCCAGCGGGGGAGCUGGCUCGGGUGCAGGACUUCCUUGGGCUGAAGCGCAUCGUCACUGACAAACACUUCUACUUCAAUCGCACCAAGGGCUUCCCGUGUCUUAAAAAGCCCGAGAGCAGUGGCUCACCUCGCUGCUUGGGCAAGUCAAAGGGCAGAACUCACGUGCAGAUAGACAGAGACGCUAUUGAGCAGCUGCGGGACUUUUACAGACCCUAUAAUGUCAAGUUCUAUGAAAUGGUCGGACAUGACUUUAAGUGGGAGUAGAUGUAGAAGAAAAUCUGUUUCUUGACAAACGUUCUGCCUAUCACUGGAUCGUCAAAUAGUUUCAAACUUGAAAGUGACUUUCAACAAAGCACUUGCACUCGUAAUAACUAGUUACCAGCAUCAGAAUCCCACUUGUUGCUGUGUAUCAUUCCAACUAUGUAAUCACAUUCAUUUGGUUGUUGUCAAUAAUGUGGAUAAUUGUGGACACGAUUUCCUUAUCGAUUCUUAAAGAAAUGGGAGUAGUUGUCCUGAAGGUGGAACUUUAACGCACCACCUUGGAAAAUGUCAAUGAAGUUUUCUGCUGUAGCACUGUGGUGGGAAGUCCAAAAGCCAUAGGGUAAGUAUUCAACCACUUUUGUUGUUAUUUUUUUUAAGAGUUGUAACUUAUUUCCAGCAUGACCAAGCUCAAGAUGCUGUUACUUCUGUGCUGUGUUAGCAAAAAUCUAUGCUUAUAUUUUUGUUACAAAGAUAUGUACUCACUGCAAUGCUUCUUCAUGAACUUUAAUAAACUUAAGUCAAGCACAA